GGACUCCUGGGUUCUUUUCAGAGGCCGGAGCCAGGACUUCUGGGAGCGGGACCGGCUAUAGUUCUCGCAGAUUAGGAGCAGGACUGCUGGGUUUCCUUAGGAAGGGAGGUGCGAGGCUGGGCUCCUCGGUGCUCUUAGAGGGCAAGGGAAAGAACCUGCGCCCUCCGCCCAAGAUGUUGUGGGGCUCCAGCUCCCAUCAGCCCCAGCCAAAAUGGCCUGUGGUCAAGGGGGAUGGGCGUCCCGGUCCCCGCAACCUCUGGAGGCCCUGCCGAUUCUCCAUCCCUGCCUUAGGGAGACAGAGCGUGGAAGAAGAGAAGCAGCACUCUUCUAGAAAGGAAGAGAUAAAACUUCUUAGAAUUAGGGCUGGGAGCCAGGACUCUUGGAUUUAUUUGCAGGGAAAUGUAAUUGGGAAUCUGAUGUGCCAGGGCCAGGACUUCUUGGUCCUCAGGAGACCUUUUCCUGGAAGAGCCACGGGAGAAUCCUGAGAGUCAGAAUUCCUUGGGAUCUCAGGGAGAGUGAGUUUUAUAGGCUCAGGCUAGCCUCCUAAGCGGGUCUCCCACAUGCUUGGCGAAAUGGGAUGGCAACAAAGAAAGGCGAGGGGAUGCGAGUCAAGGAGCCCAGCUCCAUUGUGACAUUUUAGGGGGGUGUUGGGGGUGAGGGGUAGAAUUCGCUCCAUCAUCCCAUCCAGUGAUAGGAUUAUGUGUGGGUGGCAGGGAAUGUUGGAGUGGGUGCUUAGUCCAAAGGACUGCCCUAUACAUUAGCAGUAUGGCAUAUGUUGUGUGUGACAUACAGAUAUGCAUGGGUCCAUACGCACUUGUGAACUCUUAGAAGGGACUUUUGUGGUGUGUCCGUUGGGGGGGGGGUGACACACCCUGGCUGUGUGUUUAAGCAUGACCAGAAUUGCUUCUUGCCUGUGGAUUGAAUCAGUUCAUUCUUGGUGCAUGAGAGGAGUCCUCUUGCUGCCGCAUCAUCACUUUGCCAGCGUUAAGGUAACAUUUGCUGGCCGCCGGCCCUUUUCACCCUUGUCCGGCUCCCGGAGACGUGUGGAUUGUCUCAACAGCCUCUUUUGACUGGCCCCAGUCAGCACCGGCCAGGGGAUUCCUCCUCUUUGCUGAGGGGAAGAUUAGAGGGGAAAUGGCCGCCACACAGGAAGUGCCUCCUCCAGCGCUGGGCCUCCAUUUUUUGUACCCGUUAGAAGACACGCUGCCGCCGCGGGUGAAGAUGGAGGAGCCUGGUCCACCGUGCCCCGAAGCAGGGUGGGAAUGGGACGCCGCAGGGAAGCCUCCCCUCGUCGUCCAGGCCGGCACCAUUAGCGAUUUACUGAGGUGGGCGACCCCUCCUCAGGUGAGAAGCGACCCCAUCCCGCAGCUGUGGGAGGUUCAGUGCCAGGAGAUGGUGCAGACCCCCGUGGCAGUGCCACCCCCACCGCCUGCCUGGGGGAACCUCCAACUCCCCGAGCUGGCACCCGUGGACGACAUCGAGGCCUACCUGUCAUCCUUCGAGAGGGCGGCCGAAACCUGCCAGUGGCCAAGGGGAGAGUGGGUGACCCGCCUCAUGCCGGCCCUCAGCGGGAAAGGCCAGCCGCCCCACAACGGCCUGGACGCCAGGAGCAGCCGGGGCGACCACAGGAAGUCGAAGUCUUCCGGCCUGCGAGGGGAGGCCGGGCCCAGCGUGGAGAUGCAGCGCCAGCGCUUCCGGCAGUUCCGCUACCAGGACUCGGAAGGCCCUCGGGAGGCUUGCCGGAGGCUGAGGGAGCUCUGUCGCCGCUGGCUGAAGCCCGAGAGCCGCACUAAGGAGCAGAUCCUGGAGCUGCUGAUCCUCGAGCAGUUCCUGACCAUCUUGCCCCAGGAGAUCCAGAACUGGGUGUGGGAGCGAGGCCCAGAGACCUGUGCCCAGGCGGUGGCACUAGUGGAAGGCUACCAGAUGGGACGGCGAGAGGCAGGCAUGUGGGAGCAACAGGUUACAGUACGGGUGAAAGUUGAGCAGGUAAGCCCGCAAGAAAUGAUUCUCCCUGGAGCGCCAUGGGAACCUCCUGCCCCACUGCUGCCCCAUCUUGACUGCUUAUCCUCAACAGACGUAACACUAAACCAGCCUCCCCUCAUCCCUGCUCUCAAGAUGCCCUGCAUCCCUAAACAGGAGCCCCGAGGACUUCAGGAAACAGCAGGUGCCCUGAUGGUAAACGGGAGCCGAGAGGAGAACCCUCUGCAAGGAGGUGCCAUGGAAGUGGAGCCUCCCAGGGCGUUUCCGUCCGGGAAUUCCCAGGAGAAUGUUGCGGCUGAAAACCGUGGUGGCGAGAGAGCCAGCCAGCCUCGCGAAGAGAGGUGCGGUGAAACGGGAGAGAAUCCGGCUGCACGCCCCGUCCCCAGCGGAGCCUCCCACCCGGCAGGAAAGCCCCUCCACCGGUGCUCAGAAUGCGGGAAAACGUUCAGCCGCAACUCGCACCUGCUCACCCACCAGAGGAUCCACACGGGGGAAAAGCCCCACCAGUGUCCCCAGUGCGGCAAGUGCUUCGGCCACACCUCCCAGCUGACCCGGCACCAGAGGACCCACGCCUCGGAAAGACCCUUCCGCUGCGCCCAGUGCAGCCGGAGCUUUUACCAGAGCUCGGAGCUGACCAGGCACCGAGCGUCCCACGCCAGGGAACGCCCUUAUGGGUGCAGCCAGUGCGGCAAGAAGUUCCGCUGGAGCUCCGACCUCAUCCGCCACCAGAUCACCCACACGGGAGAGAGACCGUACAAAUGCCCCGAGUGCGGGAAGAAGUUCGGGCAGAACUCGCACCUCGUUCGGCAUCGGAGAACCCACACGACUUAGCGGAAGAUCUUCCCCCGACGGAAGGAAACCCGAAUUGCCCUGCGCCGAGAGUUCGCCGGGGGCCAAAGCGUGGACCGUGCUCACCGCCAAGUUUGGUGCUGUUGUGGGCCAGAUGACUGGUGUCCCUUCAGCUUGACGUCUGCAGAUCAUUAUCUGUCAGGGAUGGCUUAGUUAGAAUGAAUUCUAUUUACGUGCAAAGUGGGAGGGACAGUGUGGCUGGUUUCCGGUUCCCAUUUUGUGUCUCGCCAGAAGCUCCACAGCACAACCAGACUGAGCGGUCCAAGAAGAUGCCCAGUCUUGCUUGGCUUGGCUUCUUGAGCCGAUAACAUUGUGGUGGCACCAGCUGAAUGUCUCUCUCUCUCUCUCUCUCUCUCUCUCUCUCUCUCUCUCUCUCUCUCUCAAUUUUUCUCUUUUUUAUAGGAAAGGCAAUAGAUCUUCUAGUCCUCUAGACAGGUUUAUUGUUACAUAACACAGCCUGUAUUUCCGUAUGCCAAGAUCAUACCUUUGUAGCAAAACAAAAGCAAUGUAUUUUUUAGAGAAGACGGUCCAUUCUGUAUUUGGGGAAGCGGGGAAUCUUCAGAACAGUGGAGAUCCCUCUUGGGGAAGCUGCUCUGGUACUUUGUUUUUUUCUGGGUGGUGGUGGAAAUUACAGCUUUGAUAAACAGGAGAGUUGUCAA